GGGAAUGUACAAAAAUAAAGAGAGAAACAGAAAGGAAACGUUUUUCUCCCUUUUAUUCCUGGAGCAUCAAAAGCGAACAAACACCAUCUAUUCCUUUUAAAACCCUUUAAAACAACUAGAGCGAAAAUACCUCAUUGACCCUUAUCCAUUCUAUAUAUGUGGAUGGUGUUUAUUCAAUACAACACAAAGAGUCAUCACAAACCAGUUGAACUUUAUCAGAAAAUAUACGCUCUGACCGUAGUUGUUGUUGUUGUUGUUCUUGAAAACAUACACAUCGAAUACGCUUUACCCGAGCCUAUGUCACUUGCCAAUAAUCGAAUUAGCCAAAGAGGAAACACGCAAGCGUCCCACCCGUCUCUCAUCCCUUUUCCAGCCAGAAAUCCCGGUGUCAUAGUCCAGAAUUCCACGCCGCAUUCUCCCGUUUUCCGUUGGGAAAUCGUCCGGUCCAGGGGGAAAGAGAGACAGAGAGAGAGAAAUCCUUGGAGAACCCGGAGUGUUGUUUUUUUCCAGCUCGUGCGUUGGGUUGUUUUGGUGCAGAUGUUUUACCGUUUUCAUUUUCCGGAUUUUCAUUAUAUUUUAUUCGACGCGUCUUGUCUAAACUCAUGGUGAAUUUCGUGUGUGUUGUUAUUAUAUGGACUGCGGUCUUGUGCGGUAAAGUGACGUUAUCCUCGAUCUUCACGGAACCAAAGCACACCCCGUAUUUCGGUCCUAAUGAAGUGAAACACGUUAUAACAACCGUCGGUAGGACCGCUUACUUACAUUGUGAUGUCCGAGAGUUAAGAGAUAAGGAAGUUUCCUGGAUACGUCAGCGGGACCUACACAUUUUGACCGUGGGCAUUCACUCGUAUACCACAGACGAAAGAUUCCAGGUGAUCAGACAUCCGGAACCCCUUUCGAACUGGACGUUGCAGAUAAGGUUUCCACAGUUACGGGAUUCGGGCAUGUACGAGUGUCAAGUUAAUACGCAACCGAAGAUGUCGGUGCUGUACAAAUUGGACGUUGUCGAGGCAAGAGCAAAAAUCUUAGGCCCUCAGGAACUGCUGGCAAAAGAAGGAAGUUCAGUAACACUCACUUGUGAAACUAUGCAGGGACCACACGAGCUAAAUACCGUAUUUUGGUAUCAAAACGAUAAAUUGAUCGAUGUGGCAGAGGGUGACACCAGUAAAAGGAUAAGUUUUCAGAAUUCCUGGACGAACACUCUGGUUUCCCGCCUAAGAAUCAAAAAACUAAACUCGACGGAUUCUGGAAAGUACAGUUGCGCCCCAACGGCAGCUCAACCCGCCGACAUAAGCCUAUUUGUUAUAACCGGUGAACAUCCGGCCGCAAUGCACCACGGAGACCGCAACAGCCACUCUUCAGCUCAAAUAAAUAUUAAAUUUCAGUCUUUAAUAUUCACGUUAAUAUUGUGGUUUAUUAAGAACUAAAAUUUAAUUCGUUUAAGUAGUUUUAACGUGGAGUACCUACCUACUAAAUUAAUUCACUACGAGGGCCUACAACAACAUUUAUUAAAAGCACCUAAAAUUGCAUGUAAAUAUAAUUUUAAUAAAAUUUCACCCUUAGUUAAUUAAAUACAACGAAUUUAAUUAGUUAAAUGACCAAAAGCCUUUAUUUUUGUUCUUACGUCGUAGGUACUUCAUUUAUUAAGUUUUUCUUUUAUCAAAAAAAAUGUAAAUACAAAUAUUUCAAAUACAUUUAUUGUUCAUAA